UCCGCCCCCAUCGGCCGCCCGCGCUCGAUUGCUCUAGUCUGGCGGCGGCAGCAUGGCGGCGGGGGCGGCUGAGGCAGCGGCGGCCGUGGUGGAGGUCGGCUCAGCCGGGCAGUUUGAGGAGCUGCUGCGCCUCAGAGCCAAGUCCCUUCUUGUGGUCCAUUUUUGGGCACCAUGGGCUCCGCAGUGUGCUCAGAUGAACGAUGUGAUGGCAGAACUCGCCAAAGAGCACCCACAAGUCUCGUUUGUGAAGUUGGAAGCAGAAGCUGUUCCUGAAGUAUCUGAAAAAUAUGAAAUUAAUUCUGUUCCCACCUUUCUGUUUUUCAAGAAUUCUCAGAAAAUCGACCGAUUAGAUGGUGCCCAUGCCCCAGAGUUGACCAAAAAAGUUCAGCGACAUGCGUCUAGCGGCUCCUUCUCACCAAGUGGUGGUGAGCACCCGAAGGAAGACCUCAGCCUGCGCCUGAAGAAGUUAACUCACGCUGCCCCCUGCAUGCUGUUCAUGAAGGGAACUCCUCAGGAGCCGCGCUGCGGUUUCAGCAAGCAGAUGGUGGAAAUUCUUAACAAACAUAAUAUUCAGUUUAGCAGUUUUGAUAUCUUCUCAGAUGAAGAAGUUCGUCAGGGCCUCAAAACCUAUUCCAAUUGGCCCACCUAUCCCCAGCUCUAUGUUUCUGGAGAGCUCAUAGGAGGACUUGAUAUAAUUAAGGAGCUAGAAGCAUCUAAAGAACUAGAUACGAUUUGCCCCAAAGCCCCCAAGUUAGAGGAAAGGCUCAAAGUACUGACAAAUAAAGCUUCUGUGAUGCUCUUUAUGAAAGGAAACAAACAGGAAGCUAAGUGUGGCUUCAGCAGACAGAUUUUGGAAAUACUAAAUAGUACUGGGAUUGAAUAUGAGACAUUUGAUAUAUUGGAAGAUGAAGAAGUUCGGCAAGGAUUAAAAGCUUACUCCAAUUGGCCAACGUACCCUCAGCUGUAUGUGAAGGGGGAGCUUGUCGGAGGACUGGACAUUGUUAAGGAACUGAAAGAAAAUGGGGAGUUGCUGCCUAUACUGAAAGGAGAAAAUUAAUGAACGUUAGACUUGGUGCCCACCCACUGCAGGAAGGCUUCCUCCAGCGAAGCAGUUCAGGAUUUAGUCCUCAGAAACGGACUAGGAGGAGAAAAUGCUCAUCCCCAGUUACGCUUUGUGUAUUUCACAAGGCUGUGCUAAAUAACGUAUGUGACCUUUUUUUCCCACCAAAACUAGAACGCAAUAAACAUCUUCAAGUUCAAUUAAAAA